ACAAGCAGCUGGCUCCGCACUGGGCAGUGUCCCUUUAAGGUUACCCCCCACCCUCUGAUUGAAUUGAAUACACGGUGCUCUUCUCGUGCACGCUCUUUUUUAUUUCGGCAGUGUAGUGCCUCCUGACCCACAAACUUUCUAUAUCUAGCCGAUUGCUUGAUUGUUGAACACCAAAGUCCAAAAGAAGGCAAGAUGGCUGAGAUGGGGAAAGGGGUCACUGCUGGAAAACUGGCCAGCAGUAUGCAGAAAAAGUUAACGCGCGCUCAAGAAAAGGUUCUACAGAAGCUGGGUAAGGCAGAUGAGACUAAGGAUGCCGCAUUUGAGGAGAGCGUGGUAAACUUCAACAAGCAGAUGGCAGAGGGAACCAAACUACAGAAGGACCUGAGGGUUUACCUGACAGCUGUCAAAGCGAUGCACGACUCAUCCAGGCGUCUGCAGGAGUGCCUCGCGGACAUGUAUGAGCCAGAGUGGUACGGCAAGGAGGAAGUGGAUUCCAUUGCAGAGGACACUGACCUUCUGUGGAUAGACUUUCAUCAGAAACUGGUGGACCAAGCUUUGAUCUCAAUGGAUACGUACCUGGGCCAGUUCCCUGAUAUUAAGGCGCGCGUUGCAAAGCGCGACAGGAAGCUGGUGGACUUUGACAGCGCACGACACCACGUUGCCUCUAUACAAAAGAGCAAGAAAAAGGAUGAGGUCAAGCUGGCCAAGCAAGUUGCACUCCUGGAGAAAGCAGCCCCUGUGUGGGCUCAGGGAAUGAUCUCAGCGCAUCAUGUUGCUCAGACUAACCUGUCGAGAAACCAGGCAGAGGAUGAAUUGGGACGAGCCCAGAAGGUGUUUGAAGAGAUGAAUGUAGAUCUACAAGAGGAGCUUCCAGCACUGUGGAACAGUCGUGUUGGCUUUUAUGUUAACACAUUCCAGAGUGUGGCAUCACUGUCAGAGAAGUUUCAUAGAGAAAUGGGAAAGCUGAAUCACAGCCUGAACGAAGUGAUGACCAAAUUGGAAGAACAGAACAAAAAGGGCUUGAAGGCAGACGGAGGAGUAAAGAGGGAUCUGGCUGGCACCAACCACAGCCUCACUCCACAGGAAUCACCCAUUCCCAAGUCUCAGUCCAAGGAGGAGUCGGCCGACGCUGCUGGGACUGCUGGAGCAGAAUCUAAUUCUCUGCCUGCUGCCCAGGAUGAAGCGUCGCCAGUGGCAACAAGCAACGGGUCCGUGGAGGAGGUGGAGAUGCCUCCAGGAUUUCUCUUUAAAGUCAAGGCGAUGCAUGACUACAUAGCCAAUGAUGCAGAUGAGCUUGAAAUGAAAUCUGGGGACAUUGUGCUGGUUGUAUCCUACGACAACCCUGAGGAGCAGGACGACGGGUGGCUGAUGGGAAUGCUGGAGGCCAACUGGAUUAAGGAGAAAGGCCUUGCUCACAAGGGAGUGUUCCCAGAAAACUUCACCCAGAAUUUGUGAGCAGGAUGUCCCAACUUUACCCCUCACCAUUACCAUUGCUCAGGAAAACUGGAAGAAAGCCAGGCUUGGGAAGAGGGAAAAAAACUGCAUCAUCAUCUUUAACCACAGCAAUCCCAUCAUACAUCAUGUGCACCUCUGAAGUGAUUUGAAUUGUGUGUUGAGGGGCGGCUGCAAGUUCAUUGUCACUUUACUGUCUGAGCUUGUUACAGUUUCUCAAAGAGGGUCAUGCGGGUGUUGGAGUACGAAAGUGCAUCGCUCUGCAUACUCUUUAGUAGAGAUUUGUUCUUGUUUUUACUGUAUUUCUUAAUACCAAGUAAAUGGAGGGGGUAUGUUGUGCAUUAAGCUUUGCGUUAGACUCCACCUGGGAUCAGGAAACAUUGAUCUCCAUGACCUCAGGACCAGGCAUGGUACAAUGACAAUGAACUCAACAGAUUGAUUUGAGAGCAACCAUAUCUAUGCCUCUCUUGACAUCUAGCCUUUGACAUCUAUGGCCGAAAGCGCUCCAGGAAGACUUCUGUACUCUUUCUUCUUUGUUUGUUGCAUUUAUUUAUGAUUGUUUUAUUUUUUUCCUGUGGUCACCUGUACUGUCUAAAAACCAGAACUGUCAGCAAAGUCCUCCAAACAAAAAUGAAAAGUGAAAAGGAGACGGGAGGGGCUUGUGGCUGUUUAAUAAAAAGGCACUGAAUGACGAAUGCUUGAAAAUAACAUUUUACGUUUAAGAAAAGUUGUUAAAAAGUUGCAUGUAAUUCUAUUGCGAUAUAGCUUGUAGCAGAACUGAGUACUGUAAUGUAACAGUUCCGUUGGGACUCGCCAGGUGUGAGUUCAUUUUAUCAGGGUGAAUUGUGCUUCACCUGAACACUGUUGGGGCUGUAACAUCAUUAAAGUAAAAGUGGAAAUGAUGAGUGCCAUGAUGUUCUGUUGCUUCUGUGAGGCUCAGUAGAGUGGCUUUGGCCUCAGGAGUGUUUGCAGCUCCUACGUCUACAGGUGGCAUUCAGGUCCUUCACUAGGGGCUGAUAAUAAAACAUGAACCUCAUAAAAUGAAAGCACGUUAAUGUGUUUGUGACUGAAUGGAGGCAAGCAGUACUUUCAUUAAAAGUAUCUGCAAGUGA